CUGACAUGUAGAUGGCGCCAAAAAGAAGCGAAACACAAACAAGCCGAUUGAAAUAAUAGAAAAUAAAAUAUCGUUUCUACUAAAUAUUCACCAUAUUUACUUUACAAAUCAUUUUGAGAUAAGUAUUGCUCCUCAACGUAAUUAGAAAUGAGUUCGGCAAGCAAGGUGGGUGAGAUUUUUACGGCCGCAGGUCAAGCUUUUAACAGACUGGGGGACCUCACUAUGCAAUUACACCCCAAUGUAGAGUCUCAAUCAGGCAAAUGGACCGAUGAAGAAAUUGAGAUGCUUAGACAGGUAGUUAAACAAUUUUCCGAUGGUUUAAAUCAAAUUAGUGAACAUAUUAAGCGGCGGACAGUGUCACAGAUUAGGACGGCAUUAAAGAAGAAAGCGUUUGAAGACGCGGGGUUACCAGUAAGACAGCUGAAUACAGUUACCCAACAGAAUGUGCAACCACCAAUGAUUAAAUCGGAAGUUACUUUAAAUAUGUUAAAUGCAGCUGAAUCAGAAGUUGAUGUGGAAGGGUUACAUGAAGAGGUUAAACUGGAGUUUGAUGGGGCAAAUGAGGAGGUAUCGUCGUAAAUAAAUUAACUAUAUAGUUUUUCUGCAAUUUUUCUUGUAAUUAAAUUAUUUUAAAUAAUAAACUGAACAACAUGAA